UCAAAGAGAUAAGAAGAUCAGGCCCACAGGUUUUAUUAUGGGGUGCCUCGGCAGUUGUAGCUAGGCUCCACUCAACCCCACCUGCCUGCAUACUGGGAGAUCUGCUGAUGCUAUCUUAUUAACCAAAACACUCAAAAAACCGCUCUAUAUGAAGACUUUUCUGACCAAGUUUCUGGGGAGCUCGCUUCUUUUUCCCCUUAGUUCAAUGUUCAUUGCAGUAACCGAUCAACAUACAUCAAACUUCUCUAUUUGAUCGCCGAGAAUAAGCACCAAUAGAGACAACCUGGACCAUGUCGUACCGUCCUGAAGAGCCAGGGAACAACAGCAUCAUCAAUAGUGAUGUCGGCACAUAUGCCAAGUUGUUCAACAAGAAGGUUGACCCUCAUAACGAAGACCUCAUCCACUCUGUCAUUGAGAAUGGAUUUGUCAUUCUUGAAAACAUGUUCACUGAAGCUGAGGUUGAGGAGGCUUGUCAAGAAUUGAAGCGACUGUCUGAAUCCGAUGCUGCCGGCCCGGCCAGUAGUGGCGGUCGCAACAAAUUUGAAGGCUUCCGUACCAAUCGUAUUUACGCUUUACUCAAUAAGUCAAGGGUCUUUGAUAAAUUCGUUGCUCACCCAAAGAUCGUGGCUCUUAACGACUAUUUCUUCGAUCCUGGUUGGCUGGUGAGCACAUUCCAAAGCAUCACCCUCCAGUCAGGCGCAGAGGCUCAGACUUUGCAUCACGAUGAUGGCUAUAUUACCGUCCCCCGGCCCCACCGGCCUUUUGGGUCUGCUAUUAUGAUUUCACUCGACGCAUAUACAGAAUUCAACGGUUCGACUGUUGUUGUGCCAAAAUCCCAUGAAUGGGGACCAGAUCGCAUACCGAGUCGUGCUGAGGCCCUCCCCGUCGUUAUGCCACGGGGAAGCAUUGUUUUCUUCCUAGGCACAUUGUGGCAUGGCGGUGGUCAGAACACAUCGGACCAUGAACGUCGCGCUCUCACAGUCCAGUACUGUCAGCCUUGGGUCCGCCCAAUAGAGAAUCAGAUUCUCGCUGUCAACUUCGGAAGACUACCUGAAAUCCCCAAGCACAUUGUCGACAUGAUGGGUUACCAGGUUGGUAAACCUUUCAUCGGCUUCGUCAACGGUGAAAGUCCUCUCAAGGCUGCCCAGAGACACUUGAAACGCUGGAAAGAGUCAAACGUCAUAAGCAGUAAGCUUUAGCAACGGUAAACGUUGGGAGUAAACUGAGUGGAUAGUUCAAGUAGGGAGGAGAAAGCAUGGAUAAAUUGUAUAAGAUAGCUCUUAGUCGCACAAUAAUUCAAAAUGCCAAUCGGUAGAAGGAGCAGUAAUACUCUAAUGGUCAGUCCGUGUACUUUUGGCUAAGUAGAGUUAAUAUGACAG